AUGGUCCACCUCAUCCUCACGGGCGCCACUGGCCUCGUUGGCUCCGCGGUUCUUCAUCACAUCCAGACCCUCCCCGCUGCCACCAACCCCAUCACGAAGCUAACCAUCCUCUCUCGCUCGCCCGUUCCAGAUGCCAACAAACCCUCCACCAACAACACCAAGAUCAACGUAAUCCACCACACCGACUACCUAACCUAUCCACCCGACCUCACCUCCCAGCUCUCCGACGCCAAAGCCGUCAUCUGGGCUCAAGGCAUCUCGCAAACCGAAGUCUCCUCGGACGCCGAAUACACCAAGAUCACAAAGGAAUUCCCCGUCGCCGCCGCCAAAGCCUUCGCCAGUGCCAGCGCCACCACCACCAAACCCUUCAACUUCGUCUACGUCUCCGGCGAAGGCGCCACACAAACCCCGGGCCUCUUCACGGCGCUCUUCGGCCGCGUCAAGGGCGAGGCCGAGCUGGCGCUGCUCGCGCUGCCCAAACAGCGCGAGUACGGCGACGGUAAGCUAUCUGUGUACUGCCCGCGGCCCGGCGGCAUCAUCCACCCGGACAAGGCGGUCAUGGACGCCAUUCUGGCGAAGCGGACGCUGAGCAUGCGCGUCUUCAUUCGGGCGGCGCUGCCCCUGUAUAGCACUUUUGCGAAGGAGAUGCUGAUUCAGACGCCGGAGCUGGGGAAGGUGCUGGUGGAUAUGGCGUUGAGGGAGGGUGGGGAGCCGUUUGAGGAGGGGGCCAAGGGGAUUGAGAGUGGUGGGAGGGUGGUGAGAAAUGUGGCCAUCAGGAGGAUGGCGGGAUUGUAG